AUGAGAUUAAGUCUAAUAAGUGCAAUGUUUUCUUCAUCCAAUUCAUAAGUAUUAACUACAAAAGUAGGAUCAGCACUUAAUAUAAAACUAAAUAGACCAAGUCAAUUGAAUGCCCUUAAUUUAUCUAUGAUUGCAGAACUAAAUUAAAUCUUAGAUCAAACAAAUUAGACAUCUUGCAUCAUUUUGAGUGGAGAAGGAGGUAAAGCAUUUUGUGCUGGUGGUGACAUUAAGACAUUAUAUUUUGCAAAAACAUAACCUUCUGAAUAAAAUCCACCAAGUGCUUUAAAAUAGUUCUUUUUUGAUGAAUACAAAUUAGAUUAUAGAUUAGCAACACUCAAACCAGUAUUAGUGGCUUUGAUGGAUGGAAUAGUAAUGGGAGGAGGAGUAGGAAUGUCAAUUCAUGCACCUGUUAGAAUAGCAACUGAAAAAAGUGUAUUUGCAAUGCCAGAAGCAAAAUUAGGAUUAUUUACAGAUGUAGGAGGAGGAUACUUUCUUUCUAGAUUACCACAUAGAUUAGGUUAUUAUUUAGGUUUAAGUGGAUUCAGAUUGAAGGGUGCUGACUUAGUUCAUGCAGGUUUAGCUGAUUUUUAUGUAUAAUCAUCAGAAUUGUAAAAUUUAAUUUCUAAAAUCGGAACUAUUUAAAGCUAAAACCUCAAUGAAGUUAAAAACAUUGUCAAACAAUUCUAACCAAAUUAAGUAUUAAGAAUUUAUAUAUUCUUUUUAGAUACCAGAAUUUACUAUCAAACAAUAAUUAUAAAACAUAGAACCAGGAUAUUCAGGAGAGAGUUUAGAAUAGAUAUUUAAUAAUCUAUAAAAUCAUCAAAAUUAAAAGUUUGGACAAGAUAAUUUAAAGAUAUUAAAAGAUUAAUGUCCACUCUCUUUAAGAAUCAUAUUUGAAUAGAUUAAAAGAGGUUAAAAACUUGAUCUUAGAGAGAAUUUAAAGAUGGAUUAUAGAAUUGUGAGAAGGUAAAUUAGAUAUAUAUAUAUUUAUCAAUAGAAUUAUGUAAGGAACUGACUUCUUUGAGGGAGUGAAAUAAGUAUUAGUAGACAAAAAUCAUGUCCCAAAUUGGUCAUUUAAGGAUGCAUUGACUAUUCCUCAAUCUGAAGUUGACAAAUAUUUUAAAGUUCUUGAAAAUGAAGAAGAGCUUGAUAUUUGA